CGCCGUCUUGACUGGCGUAUAAGAGCUCCCUGCGUCUCCAUUACCAUUCCCCACUACUGGCUUACCUCUACUCCUCCUCCUCCUCUUACUCCUUGUACUGCUACUAUUACUCGUAGAGCUAUAGUGCCGCUUUUACUACUAACCGGUCGUCUCCGGAUUGUGAACACUCUCUGGAUAAAAAGGUUCAAGAUCCUCAUUAAUCGUCACCUCAUAGUACUGGUCUGGACACAAUGGGUCGCUGGGAUCACUCCUCCCUUGUGUCCCCUGCUCUGAGGCUAGCAGUCAUCACAGUGAUUCUCCUCCUCAAGCUCCAUCCCUCAUUGGCUGGCGCCCCCCCUGAGCCGAGCUUGAGCGGCUCCGUUUCGGCAACGUCCACCAAUAAAAGUGAAUGCAGCAAGGCUGAGCCAUGCUCAAAGGGGGUGAUCCUACCUAUUUGGGAGCCCCAAAACCCGUCAUUUGGUGACAAGGUUGCUCGGGCAACAGUUUACUUCGUGGCUCUGGUUUACAUGUUCUUGGGUGUGUCAAUCAUUGCUGACCGUUUCAUGGCGUCAAUAGAGGUAAUCACAUCACAGGAAAAGGAGAUCACCAUCAAGAAACCCAACGGGGAAACCACCACCACUACUGUUCGGAUCUGGAACGAGACUGUCUCCAAUCUCACCCUCAUGGCUCUGGGCUCUUCGGCUCCUGAGAUCCUGCUGUCCGUCAUAGAAGUCAUGGGUCAUGGGUUCACUGCUGGCACACUGGGCCCUUCCACCAUUGUGGGCUCUGCAGCAUUCAACAUGUUUGUCAUCAUUGGGAUUUGUGUGUAUGUUGUGCCUGAUGGCGAGACGAGGAAGGUCAAGCACCUCCGCGUCUUUUUCGUCACGGCCACCUGGAGUAUCUUCGCCUACAUUUGGCUCUACCUGAUCCUGUCUGUGAUCUCGCCUGGUGUUGUGCAGGUGUGGGAGGGGCUGCUCACCUUCUUCUUCUUCCCCAUCUGUGUGGUGUUCGCCUGGGUGGCCGACCGCCGCCUGCUGUUCUACAAGUAUGUUUACAAGCGCUACCGUACUGGCAAGCAACGUGGCAUGAUCAUUGAGACCGAGGGCGAUCGUCCACUUCCUUCCAAGGUGGACAUUGAGAUGGAUGGGAAGAUGCUGAACUCUCAUGGUGUUGACUUCCUGGAUGGUCCGCUGGGUUUGGAUCUAGAUGAGAAGGAUCUGGAUGAGGAGGAGACCCGCAGAGACAUGGCCAAGAUCCUGAAGGAACUCAAACAGAAACACCCUGACAAGGAGGUGGAACAACUCAUUGAGCUUGCCAACUACCAAGUCCUGAGCCAACAGCAGAAGAGCCGUGCUUUCUAUCGUUGCCAGGCCACCCGGCUGAUGACAGGUGCUGGCAACAUCCUGAAGAAACAUGCAGCCGAUCAGGCACGAAAGGCUGUCAGUAUGCACGAGGUUCGCUCUGAUGCUGGUGAUAAUGAUCCCAUCUCUAAGAUAUUCUUUGAGCCCGGUUCUUACCAGUGCCUUGAGAACUGUGGCACGGUGGCGGUCAACGUGGUGCGGCGUGGUGGCGACCUGAGCAAAACAGUUUCUGUGGAGUACCGGACAGAAGAUGGCACAGCAAACGCUGGUUCGGACUACGAGUUCACAGAGGGCGUGGUGGUGUUCAAGGCUGGUGAGACGCUGAAGGAGAUCCGUGUGGGGAUCAUUGAUGAUGACAUCUUUGAAGAGGAUGAAAACUUCCUGAUUCACCUAUCCAGUGUCAAGGUGUUGACAUCUGAAGGUGAGGAACCCGAGGAGGCCGAGUCAGCUAAUCACGUCGACUCAGUGGCAUGUCUCGGCUUACCCUCCACAGCAACCGUUACCAUCUUUGAUGACGAUCACGCCGGUAUCUUUACGUUUGAGGAGCCUGUAUGCCAUGUGAGUGAGAGCGUUGGCACCAUGGAGGUGAAGGUGCUGAGAACGUCGGGGGCUCGCGGCGUGGUCAUGCUGCCAUACAAGACAGUGGAGGGAACAGCGCGAGGCAACGGAGAGGACUUUGAAGACGCUCAUGGCAUCCUGGAAUUUCAGAACGACGAGAUCUUGAAGACCAUAACCCUUAGGAUCUUAGACCGGGAGGAGUACAAUAAGCAGUCCUCCUUCUACAUUCUGCUUGAAACCCCCCAAUGGAGACGCAGCGGUGAGGAACGGACAGAGGAGCAACAAAAGGAAGAAGAGGAGGAAGAGGAGGCGCUGACAGGAAAAGAUGAAGAGGAGCGCCGCAUCGCGGAGAUGGGCCGCCCCAUGCUGGGCGACCAUGUCAAACUGGAGGUCAUCAUAGAGGAAUCAUAUGAGUUCAAGAACACAGUGGACAAGCUGAUAAAGAAGACCAACCUGGCUCUGCUGGUUGGAACCAACAGCUGGAGAGACCAAUUCAUAGAAGCCAUCACUGUGAGCGCAGGCGAGGAUGACGAUGAUGAGGAGUGUGGGGAGGAGAAGCUGCCGUCAUGUUUCGACUACGUCAUGCACUUCCUCACCGUCUUCUGGAAGGUUCUGUUUGCCUUUGUCCCACCCACAGAUUACUGGAACGGCUGGGCCUGUUUCGUCGUCUCCAUCUGCAUGAUCGGACUGCUCACCGCCGUCAUCGGGGACCUUGCCUCUCAUUUUGGCUGCACAGUGGGCCUGAAAGACUCAGUCACAGCAGUAGUAUUUGUUGCGUUGGGAACGUCUGUACCAGAUACCUUUGCCAGUAAGGUAGCUGCUAUCCAGGAUCAGUAUGCAGAUGCAUCCAUUGGUAAUGUGACGGGCUCCAACGCUGUCAAUGUUUUCUUGGGCAUCGGGGUGGCAUGGUCCAUCGCUGCCAUCUACCACCACAGCAAGGGCGAGGAGUUCAAGGUGGACCCUGGCACACUGGCCUUCUCCGUCACCCUCUUCACCAUCUUUGCCUUCGUCUGCGUCGCCACACUGAUGUACCGACGGCGGCCAGAGAUCGGUGGAGAGCUGGGCGGGCCCCGGACUGCGAAGGCCCUGACCACCAUGCUGUUCGUCAGCCUGUGGCUCCUCUACAUCCUCUUCUCCUCACUGGAGGCCUACUGCCACAUCCAGGGCUUCUAAGGUGACAAGAGAUGAUGAAGGAAAGGGUGAGAUAGAGGGAGAGCAUGAAGGAAGAAACUAAGGGGAGGUGGGUGAAUGGCUGGAUUUGGAAAUUAAAGCUGUCUCAUUGAUCUAUCACUCCCUCCCUUUACGCAAUAGAUUGAAUGACAGAUGAAUAGAUGGAUGUACAGAUGAAGGAAUGAAGGACACAUUAAAGCAUGUUAAAGCAGAAUGGAAAGAAGUACGGAUACAUAGAGGGAAGACAGCAAACAGGAGAAUCAUAGGAGCUAAAGAAAUGGCUCAGAAGAUGGAAAAUGGUGAAAUAAACUAAGGAAUACAUUUUUUGUCUCGAACUAUAAAUCCAAACCAGUCAAGCUGUCUUAAAACGCGCUCCAGUUUUAAGUGCAUAAAUCUAACCCCCAGAGCUUCAAACACAGAUAUAAACACACACAAUGUGUCCUGGCUGGUUCAACCAUACAGAAAUGAAAACAAGUUUUUAACAAAAUGAGAAGCGAGAAGUCAAAACAGACCAACACACCAUCACAGCUCUUAGGAUGUGUGGCUUCAACAACAGCAUUCCCAUAAACGCCCUUCCAGUUGGAGCAGUUUUACACUAACAGGCACAAGUAAGACAGAAAAAAGACAGUGUCAGUAUGUACAUGCAUGACAAGAUGAUACUGAAAACACAAUCAGAAGAAACCGGAUGUAUUGCCACAACUGUUUAAUGACAACAAACUGUGUGAGUGCUGGUGUGUGACUGUGUCUUUCUCUGCUUGCGUGCUGUGAGAAGAUGGUCAAGUACUGUGAAAAAUAAAAAAGCCUCUCGUUUAGUUGUCUCUGCAUGAGACAGAAUAUGCUUUCGUACUCGAGGUCUUUUUGACUGUCGCUCUCCCAGCCUGUAGAAAUGCUGAGUAAGACUUUUGUGGGAGGGUACAUUCAAUGAAGCAAAAGGUUUUGAACAUCACUGAGGUUAGAAAUGUAAAUACAAAGAGCUGAUCGUACAUUACGGCUCCACUAUUUUCCUUCUGAAUGUCUUGGUUACACCAUGCGCUCCUGAAUGGGCCCUCCUUCUGUUGCUUUAUACUGUAGAUGUAAAUGAUUUAAGGUCUAAUUUGAAUCAAGAAGGGGUUAGUGUGCUUUUACCUUUAAUAAGGCCAUGUCUGAGAAGACAAAAUGGCCACUCUACCGUUUAAAACUGUUAGAGGAACUAUUAUCAUUGCAUAAAUAUCUAGGUUAAUCUUAUGCGUGUUUGUGUUUUUUUUUAAACUGUGGAAUUCUGUCACCUGGUUUUCCACCAAGGAGAUUGCCACUAUCAUGUGUCAAUCAUGACAUUGCAAUAGACUUUGAAAAACGUAGGUACCGCCCUCAGUGAAACUUCAUGUUCAUCGACUGCCUCUGUCAUUGUUUAUCUCACUUUGACGCUGUUUUCCUGUUGGUUCACUCAACAGCUUUGGUCAUUAUCCAUGUGUUUGUCUUAAGCACCUCCCCCUGGCUGAUCAGUGGACCAAUCAAAAUCCUCAAGGGCUUUGUAAGAAACAACCACUAAUCCCUAACCCUGACCCUUGAUUUAUGAUUCUUUACAUAGAUUGGUCCUUAGGGGGCUAUUUAACAGGGAUUUGUACUCCUUAACCUUAUACUUCACUUGCUUAGUUGUUACGACUUGCUUCAGUGUGGCUUUAAAAGAAAAAAAAAACAAAAAAACGAGACUACAUGACAUUAAAGUGGCACAGCUUUAGUGCAGACCAAGUAUCCAGAAUUACCCAAAUAUUAGAAAAGCUGACAAGGCUUCAACCUUCCUUGGUAGGAGUCCCAGUUGAUUACAAAGAUUGCUUCUAAAUUGCAGUCAGCCUAAUUCCAAAUUAAACCAUCCGCACUAUGUUCUUUCCCAGGCCGCCUCCACUCAUUAUUAUGUUUAAAUAUACUAGCCUUCAGGCAAGUGGAUCAUGAAGCCUUUGAAGGCCAUGAAGACUUUAUAUUAUUUCUUUAAUCAAGGGCAGUGUUUGCUCUUGAGUAAAGACCCAUAGUGUAAAAUCUGCAUGAUUCACUGCUUCACGCCGCCCUUGGAAACCAACCAUUAACACUUUACUUCAGCAGUCAGUUUUCAUUCUUAACACAGGAGUUAUCUGAUGAAGGAAUAGUUCAAAAGUAUUUACUGUUGGUGAUGAGGUAAGUUUACAAAGAAAUAGGGGCAAAUACUGUUGUACUACAGUAGCCCUGUAGGGGCAUCUAAAAUAGGGUACAUCUAAUCUCAAACAGCCAGACUCUAUUUAUCAAUCUCACAAAUGUUUGGGACAAUUUUUAAAUUGAAAUCCUCAUACAAUCCAUUCGACUGGCUCUAUGUUGGAAACCACCCAGCCCCAAAAGCUGCACCUCUUGGACCUGUCUUGCAAAGUGAGUUCAACUACUGUAAACUAGUUUCUCUGGGUUAUCUGGCUUCUCUAAGCAUUUUCUUACCCAGCUGUGAGCAAGUUUAUAAGAGUGGUGGAGUUAAUUUAAAAAAUGCAGCAUCACUUUACCUUUAAUGGUGUGGUGUUUUUGUCCAUGUUGGGAGUCUGCAGAAAAAAUGAGUCUAUUUGCCCAGUGAGCUGAUGCUAAUUAGCUGUGCAGACACGGUGAUCUACCACGGUAAAAAGUUAACAGAAAGUUCAGCCCAAAGUGUAUCUCACUUUAUGAUACAGGCCUGAACAGGUUCUAUAAAUAAAUUCCCUUCAGAGUAAUUUCAUAGUUUGAGGUAUAACAACUCACACUGAAUCUCAGCCCUAUUCUCUAACUUAAUUUGGAGCUUGAAUGCUGUGAAAGGUUUGUGUGUAUGAUGGGACAGAGGUCUGACUGGAUUUGUUUCCACCCAAAAAAAGUGUGAUGAUGGCUUGAAAAUACUAGGUGUAACAGCCAUGCAUCUUUGAAAAACCCUUGUCAAGCCCUGGUCCGGCUAGUGAACAUGUAUCAAUAUCUGUCUUUAGGAGCAUGAACACUAUCAACACUAGAAUACUAAACGUUUGCGUGAGCGAACAAAUGAACCACAUUAAACUGAAAACGCAACGGACUGACAAACUGACAUUAUCAGGCACUAACUGCUGGGAAAUUUUUUCAGUCAUCCACAGACAAGAAAUAUAUCCUGAAAAUAUUUCAGUGUAUUUUUGCCUAAAUGAAACACAUAAAAGUGUCCCAAGAGCCUGUCCUGAAAUAUGUAUAAAUCGUAGAGCCUAUCUCAAAUAUCAGAGAGGUUUACACUUCAGACUGUUAACCGUUUUGCUUGUUUAGGCAAAACCACAAAGAUCUCAACGUACACAAAACUUACUGUAUAUGUAGGCAUUCUAAAAGUCCAUAGUUUGUUAAAUGGCACUAUACUGUAUGCAUCUGAAUUGGCCAGAAUUUUCCUGCUGAUGUUGUGUUUUUUACUUGAUGUAUAAUAUAAUAAGUAGUAUUUUAAAUGUCAUCUGUAAAGUAAGUAGUCUGGGCUAGAUGUAAUCCAUUUAAAACUUGGCAACAAUCUUGUCACAGACAGCUUUCAACCCCUGUGAGAGAGUAGAGCUGAGCAGAGCCCUGGAUUGGAUGAGUUUGGCAAAUCCGGAGUAUCUUGAGGAUAAGUGUAUAAAAUUCUGACUCACCAAAUGAUGCACUUGGAGUGGAGAACCAAUCGAGGAUGACUGAUGAAAUUUUAGCAACUGAUGCUACGCAAAGCUCCACGAACAUGGCUCGCAUACUGAAAUCUGGCCAAACUUUUUUGGAUCAAGUCCAUACAAACUCUAAAAUUAAAUUACUCUUUGACAGCCAGAAUGAAGAAUAAAUUAGAUGUCAGAUUGUUUGCAUUUGCCAAACUCUGCACGAUGUAUGGCUCUCCAUUAGAGUAGCUGAUCUCCUGUGAAGGCCUUGGAGUGGCAGUUUACCCCUGUUUUGCCAAAGGGAAAUCUUUCUAUCAGAAACUUAAUAUUUGCAGUCCAACCUGUAAAGGGUUUUAUAACCAAUGGAUCUUUCUUAAAACACCAAAUAUAAUUCAUAUUUCAUUACCACUCUGAAAAGAGACAAAAGACGCCUUGAUAUUGUUUUAACUCUAACCAGAAUCUUUCUAUUUAAAUUUGUAUGCAUUUGUCUCUUCACUGGCAUGGAGCUGAAGGUUUAUACACUGUAAAAAGUUAUGCUAGCUUGUGCAAAAAAAAAAAAAAAAAAGAAAUAACAUUGUAGAAGCUGUUUGCAUCACUUUUUGAGUAACUCCAACAGGGUACAAAUCACAAUCAUGUUGGAUUUACUUAAAAUAUGCCUGCUGCCUAGUUUGUCAGAGUGAGCUUGUGCAGGAAUUUAAAGCUUGCAGUAAUGUAGUUGUUUGCAUCAAGUUAGUUUGCGGCACAAAUUUUCCAGAAGCUAACAUUUUUCAUUUAUGAGAAAUUAGCUCUUUUGCUACACCGGCUUUGUUGCACCACCCCUCUCAGUGUAUCUACCUUGACUUAAAAGCUAGUCUGACGUGAAGCUAAUGGCAGAUUAACGACAGCUGUUCAAAGCCCCACAGGGUUUGGACCAGGGUGGGAAGCUAAACACAGCUUAGCUGUGACCAGCAGGUUUGCCUCGAUUGUGAUUGUGUUUCUCUUCAUAAGCAAAUCGUCCAGGUAAAGAAUCACAAAUGCACUUGAAUUUAGCUUCCUGCCUUGGUUUGGACUUUUGAGGUCUGACGAGUCAAAGGUUAGCCAGGCUAUUGCUGUACAUAAUAUAACACUAAGAGCAAGCAAGGAGUAGAAAAACAAGCUGUAGGUUACAGUAGUUUUCACUUUUAUUCUUCUGUGGUGGAGUCUGAAGAAGUUUUAAAUGAAGGAAAAGCAUUGCACUGUUUUUUUUUUUUCCGCGUAUGUGAAACAGCUACUAUGUUGUUUCGUUCACAAAGAUGCUUCUGAUGUAAACAGCAACAGAGAUUUUGUUUUUCGACUCUGAUGUACACAAUAAUAAUGUACCUGGUGUAAAAAGAAAAAAAGAAAAAAAAAAAAAAAACAACGGUGUUGAAUCGGUUGUGUACCA